AUUGCCCUCGACUCUUAGGGACAACGUGAAGACACUGGGUUGUGUAAGGUGACUACAGACCUCAUUGGGAAUCCCCUGGCAAUCUCUUGCUUCCAAGAAGAACGGUUCAUGCGGCGUGCAAUGCAUUUGAGCACUAUGCAAGGCUCCUGAACGUCUAUGUCCGCUUAACUCCUAAAACCACGAGGGGCACAAGCGUACGAAACCAGAGUUCUCUGCUAGCCGACUGGGUUUAUUAAAACCAAGGACAAAAGGCUUCAGAAAACUGUUUCCCAAAGCUUUAUAAGGGACUAGGAAAAAAUAGAAAAAGAAAUCAUGACCGAGGAUCUUCGCAAGCUAUCUGGCGCAACAUUUGCCAUUCCGUUACACAAGAAACCCGAAGGCGCCACGGAUCCCACCAAAGUCACACUUCCACCAAACUUCACUGUUGCCAUCGCCGGUGCGUCAAAGGGCAUCGGCCUCGGCAUUGCUAAAGCCUAUGCACGGGCAAGAGUUUCUGGCUUGGUGCUCUCGGCGCGAUCGCAGGACGCGCUCGAACUUGCGGCGCGAGAAGUACUCAAGAUCAAUCCUCGGAUCAAACUGAUGUGCCAGGCCUGUGACGUGACGGACGAAGAGGCAGUCAAGGGGCUGGCAGAAGCUACCAAGACGGCCUUUGGACGUCUGGACGUCCUGGUGAUCAGCGCGGGCAAGUCGGCGAAGGCGUCCGUCAAGCGCGAGAACGGACUGAUGGAUUGGCCGAGCGACUUCCGUGAGCAGAGCCCCUCCGAGCUGGAGUCGAUGUGGCGAUUGAACGUGCACGCGCCGUUUGUGCUUCUGCAUCACUUCCUGCCUCUGCUCGAGUGCACGCAGGGCGGCGCCAAAGCCGUCGUUCAGCUGAGCAGCGCGGCGGCGCACUACACGCAAGCGGAAGUCAUGGCCGCCAGCUACAGCCUGACGAAGAUGGCCGCGACGCGGCUGAUAGAGCAUUGCCACGAGGCGCACAAAGGCAGAGGCAUCGUCGCCUUCGCGCUCCAGCCCGGCGGAGUGAAGACGGAUUUCGCUGCCGAGGUUCCGCAAGGCAAAGGCUGGGAAGAUCGCUUAACGGAGGACGUGGAGCUCGCCGGUGCGGUUUGUGUCUGGCUAACCAAGGAAAGGAGAGAGUGGCUAUCCGGCAGGUACGUCGACAGUCGGUGGGAUUUUGAUGAGCUGGAAUCGAAGAAGGAUCUUGUCGUCGGCCAUGAUCUGCUAAAGUUUCGGAUGAAGGUAGAAUAGUGCCACACCGUACUGAUCCCUCCGAGCCAUGUUGGAUUGCCGCAUUCUACAGAUCGCUGCUUGGGGCUCGCGUUAGUUGGAUCUCAAGUGUAUGUAUGAAAGGUCGCCACCGCUUCAGCGUCUCUACGAGUUAAAAACCUUAACGUUGAACCCUUCGCUCAAGGUC